AAUGGCAAGAGUUCUAGUAGUAUUAGCCUGUCUAUGGGCGUGCGCCAAUUGCAAGCUGAAUGUGGACGUCGACUACUUUACGAAGAUGUUGAUUCAAGAGCAAGAAGAAGCUUUGAAAUACAAUUUACCAAUCAAUGCUCAUUCCUACAACGGUUACAAUUUGGACCCUUAUUCAUUACCUAAUGGGACUGAAACUUAUGAUUAUAUUAUAAUCGGUUCGGGGAGCGGAGGAUCCGUUGUGACUCAGCAGCUUUCCGAAAUCGAUGGUAUUAAGGGUCUUUUAUUGGAGGCUGGAAGUCACGAGGACGAUUUCGUCGACGUUCCAGGUAUGGCUUUCUUCGCGCAAGGAACGAAAUACAAUUGGAACUACGGGACGGUUCCGCAGAAGAAGAGUUGUCUAGGGUUGAAGGGUAAAAAAUGCAUGCUUCAAAGGGGAAAAGGCUUUGGUGGUACGACUUUAAUAAACGGAUUGGUUUAUUCGCGCGGAAGCCCGGUUGAUUACGAUAACUGGGCUGCUGGUGGUAACCCAGGAUGGUCGUACAAAGAUGUUUUACCCGUCUUCAAGGAGUUGGAGAAUUCGCAUAUAAAUGGAGAUCCAGGUUAUCAUGGUACGAAAGGUUUGAUGAACGUGGAGUACAGCAAAUUCGAUAGUCCUCAUUUGAACGCGUUUUUGGCUUCUAACGUGGAAUUGGGGAGGAAGGAAAUCGAUUACAAUGGUCGCGAGCAGUUGGGAGUGUCCAAGGCUCAAUUAAACACACUUAACGGUAGAAGGUUGACCACUGGUAAAGCGUUCAUCAGCAAGGUUAACUGCAAGAACAUGAAGUUGAGCGACAACAGUUACGUAACCAGAAUCCUGAUAAACCCCAAAACGAAAACGGCUUUUGGCGUGCAGUAUAUAAAAGAUAAUAAAUUCCAUGUAGCUUUAGCCAAAAGGGAAGUGAUUUUAUCAGCAGGUACUGUUGCUUCUCCGCAGAUUUUAAUGUUGUCCGGAAUUGGACCUCAGAAGCAUCUGAAGGAAAUGGGAAUCGAAACCAUUAACGAUCUUCAAGUCGGAGAUAACUACAAAGAUCAUCCAUGCUUCUACGGAUUAAACAUCUUAAGUAACGUGUCGAUCCCUUUGAAACCAAUGCAUGGUUACGUGGAAGACUACUUGAAAGGAGAUGGCGUCUUGACUUUACCAGGAAACAACGCGGGAGUGGGAUUCUUUAAAACCAACUUCAGCAAAAUCCCUCAAGCCGAUAUCGAAAUCAUGCUCAUUUCGCCAAACAGAUCGGACGCGUUCUUCCAGAAAGGAUUCGGGUUCACGGAUUCAUCCAACAAAGCCUUAAUCGAAGGAGUUGAUCCAACUAAAACGUUUACAAUGUACAUCGACGUUUUAAAAGCAAAAUCCACUGGAUAUUUACGAUUGAAAUCUAAGAAUCCAUUCGAUUAUCCCACCGUAAAUACCAAAUUCUUAGAAGAUGACGACGAUCACGAUAUCAAAACGAUUUAUUACGCAAUCAAUUUGAUCCUCGAGAUGCUCGAGACUAAAGCCAUGAAAGCCAUCGACGCUAAAUUGGGUAAAGUUGUGUUGCCGGAAUGCAAAGAUUUUGAGUAUCUUUCCAAAGAUUAUUGGUAUUGCACGAUUAGGUAUUUGAGCGACAGUCUGUACCAUCCUGUGGGCACCUGCAAAAUGGGUCCAGAUCCAAAGAAAGGUGCUGUUGUCGACAACAAAUUGAGAGUACAUGGAAUCAAGAAUUUAAGAGUUGCUGAUGGAAGUGUUUUUCCUGACAGCCUCGCCGGACAUCCGAGCAAUCCCAUCAUGAUGGUCGCAGCUAAAUUAGUUAAAUUUCUCAAAGAAGAUUUGAAACUAAAAAAUUAAAUCAUAAUUUACUUUUCAA